AUGUCAUCUUUGCUGCUCCUGGGAAAGACUGGUUCUCAUCCCUCUAGGAUGAUGUCUAUAGCUUGGCCGCUUGCCGAGGACUUUAAUUCUGAGCCAAAAAGGGAUAGAGUUGAGAUCCGACCGGCACUGAGUUUUUCAGAUGAGGACAAAGUUGGAACCAUACAGCCACGUGAUGAUACUUUAGUGGUCACCCUCAGGAUAGGAGGGUAUGAUGUGAAGAGGGUGUUGGUUGACCAGGGCAGCUAUGCAGAGAUUAUGUACCCUAACUUGUACAAAGGGCUGAACUUGAAGCCCGAGGAUUUGAUAGCCUAUGAUUCACCUUUGGUAAGCUUUGAUGGGAAAGUUAUCAUUCCAAAGGGUCAGAUUAGACUGUCCGUACAGGCGGGGUCUGAAGUGGUGGAGGUGGACUUUAUUGUAGUGAAUACUUAUUCCCCUUACAUAGCCAUUGUGGCAAGGCCCUGGCUCCAUGUCUUGAGAGCUGUUUUUUCCACCUUGCAUCUGAAGGUUAAGUAUCCGUCUGGGAACCAGAUUGAGGAAUUAAUUGGGAGCCAAUCUAUGGCUAGGCAGUGCUUGGUAGCUACAAUUAUGUAUCAGCCUAAGGUUGAAUCCUCAACCUCCACUAAGGGGGGCUCAUAG